UUGACAUUUUUCAACUCGCGUUUGCUGAUUUGCUCGCGACUCAAUCAUAAUUUUAUAAAUUCUCUACAGAAAUCAAACGUUGAAUAAGUGCUAUUGUGAAAUCAGAAAAUGUUUCGGUUAAGUUUUUGUUUGCUGUCCUUAGUUUUUAGUAGUCUUUUAGGUCAAGGCGCAGCCACGGAAAAUGCACCAGCGGCGCCGAAUUCGCAACCACCGGUUUUGCUCUCCCUGAAACCCGAAAAUGGCCUAGUGAAGCCAGAAGUUUUGCUUGCGCCGGAACGCGAAACUCUGAAAGAGAAGCCGGCCAUCCUUCAAGCUUCCAAAGCGGGUCCGACUACCGUUCAGCCGGCAGCACCGACGGAACUCAGCACAGAGACGGAGCCGACGACGUCGAAGCCGACGGAGGCGCCGACCACGUCGAAGCCGACGGAGGCGCCGACCACUGACCCCCCGACACCGCCCCCUACACCUAAGCCUACGCCACCACCGGCGCCUAAACCCGUGCCUGCUCCCCAGCAGGGCAAGUGGUUCUACGCAGAGGCUAAUGUCACCUGCAUCAUAGUGCAGUUUGCUGCUCAGCUGAAUGUCACCUACAACAACACAUCGUCGGCUCUGUCGUACGCGCUGCUGAACGUGCCCGCCAACGCGACGGUCGCCGGCGGCAGCUGCAACGGCACGGAGCAGUGGCUGAAGCUGUCGUGGCCGACCACCUCCGGCAACGGCACCCACAACAUGACGCUGUGCUUCAACACCACCGGCGACGACUACCAGCUUCACAGCCUCAACGUCUCCAUCGCCGCUGAGGAUCUGCCCAAUGCUCAGGACAACACAACUCUGGAGCUGUGGCACGGGGCGGGGUGGCGCACGGCGCUGCGCACGUCGUACCGCUGCGCCGCGCCCGCGCCGCUCAACCUCACCGCGGCGCCGGGCCACAACGCCGCCGCCAGACUGGCGCUCGCCCAGCUGCAGGACGAGGCUUUCCGCACCGCCGCCACAAAUCAGUUCAGCUCGCCUCGCGAGUGCGACGGCGGCGACGUGACGGACGCGGUGCCGAUCGCGGUGGGGUGCGCGCUGGCCGGCCUGGUCGCCGUCAUGCUCGCCGCCUACCUCAUCGGCCGCCGCCGCUCCGCCGCGCACGGCUACCUCUCCAUGUAGACUGACGGUGCGGAGUCAGCCAGAGCUAUAUAAGUAGAUACA